UGGUGAAUUGCGCUGAGGUUCUGGCGCAUGCACCGUGUGGCCGCCAUCGUCGGUCCUGCGUGCAGAACUUUUCAGAGAAACAAACAGUGGUCAAACGUGAACAAGUCAUCACUUCUUAGAAAGCGGAAUGUAGUGGUCGCUGCUCCAAAAUAGUCUUUAGUGCGAAUUAGCCUGGAUAUUGGAGUGAGGCGUCAUGGCUUCGUUUCCAUUUAGGGGUUUACCUGCGGGAAUGCCUCCCGGUGUCCCUCCUCCUGCACCGGUACCUGAGUACAUGACCGAAGAAAAACUACAAGAAAAGGCACGAAAAUGGCAGCAGCUGCAGGCAAAACGUUAUGCAGAAAAGAGAAAGUUUGGUUUUGUUGACGCUCAGAAGGAAGACAUGCCCCCUGAACAUGUGCGCAAGAUCAUCAGAGACCAUGGAGACAUGACCAACCGAAAGUUUCGCCAUGAUAAAAGAGUUUAUCUUGGGGCACUGAAAUACAUGCCCCAUGCAGUGUUGAAGUUAUUGGAAAACAUGCCAAUGCCAUGGGAGCAGAUUAGAGACGUGCCAGUUCUCUAUCACAUCACUGGCGCCAUCUCUUUUGUCAAUGAAAUUCCUUGGGUCAUUGAACCUGUCUACAUUGCUCAGUGGGGCACAAUGUGGAUUAUGAUGCGCCGUGAAAAACGAGACAGGCGACAUUUCAAAAGAAUGCGCUUUCCUCCUUUUGAUGAUGAAGAACCCCCACUGGAUUAUGCUGACAAUAUUUUAGACGUUGAGCCUCUAGAGGCUAUUCAGAUGGAGUUGGAUCCAGAAGAAGAUGCUUCAGUUGUGGAGUGGUUCUAUGAGCACCAGCCUCUCAAAGAUACUACAAAGUUUGUGAAUGGAACAACAUACCGUCGCUGGCAGUUCACACUUCCCAUGAUGUCCACUUUGUACCGUUUGGCUAACCAGCUUCUUACAGACCUUGUGGACCUCAAUUACUUCUAUCUCUUUGACCUGAAGGCCUUCUUUACUUCAAAAGCCUUAAACAUGGCUAUCCCUGGAGGACCAAAGUUUGAGCCCUUGGUUCGAGACAUAAAUCUUCAAGAUGAGGACUGGAAUGAAUUUAAUGACAUCAACAAGAUCAUCAUUCGUCAGCCAAUCAGGACUGAAUACAAAAUUGCCUUUCCCUAUCUGUACAACAAUCUGCCGCACCAUGUUCACCUCACUUGGUAUCACACACCCAAUGUGGUAUUUAUCAAGACUGAGGAUCCUGAUCUUCCUGCUUUCUACUUUGAUCCACUGAUCAAUCCGAUUUCGCACAGGCAUUCUAUCAAAAUUCAAGAACCACUGCCUGAUGAUGAUGAGGAGUUUGAGCUUCCAGAGUUUGUAGAACCUUUCCUCAAAGAAACUCCUCUGUAUACAGACAAUACAGCCAAUGGCAUUGCAUUGCUUUGGGCACCAAGACCAUUCAAUCUAAGGUCUGGCCGCACCAGACGUGCCAUUGACAUCCCCUUGAUCAAAAACUGGUAUCGAGAGCAUUGCCCAGCUGGACAACCUGUGAAAGUACGUGUGUCCUACCAGAAACUUCUGAAGUACUAUGUGCUCAAUGCUUUGAAACACAGACCUCCCAAAGCCCAGAAAAAGAGGUACCUGUUUCGGUCAUUUAAGGCCACAAAGUUCUUUCAGUCGACCAAGCUAGAUUGGGUGGAGGUUGGGCUUCAGGUGUGCCGACAGGGCUAUAACAUGCUCAACCUUCUUAUCCAUCGUAAAAACUUGAACUACCUCCAUCUUGACUACAACUUCAACCUGAAACCUGUGAAGACACUCACCACAAAGGAGCGUAAAAAGUCAAGAUUUGGCAAUGCCUUCCAUCUUUGCCGAGAAGUUUUGCGUCUGAGCAAAUUGGUGGUUGACAGUCAUGUGCAGUAUCGCCUUGGCAAUGUUGAUGCUUUCCAGUUGGCUGAUGGGCUACAGUACAUCUUUGCUCACGUGGGUCAGCUGACUGGUAUGUACCGUUACAAGUACAAGCUGAUGAGACAAAUCCGGAUGUGUAAGGACCUAAAGCAUCUGAUCUACUACCGGUUCAACACUGGACCAGUAGGAAAGGGUCCAGGUUGUGGAUUCUGGGCUCCUGGCUGGAGAGUGUGGCUCUUCUUCAUGCGUGGAAUAACUCCGUUAUUGGAAAGGUGGCUUGGAAAUCUACUAGCCAGACAGUUUGAAGGUCGUCACUCCAAGGGUGUUGCCAAGACUGUUACUAAGCAGCGUGUGGAGUCUCAUUUUGACCUGGAGCUGCGUGCGGCUGUGAUGCACGACAUCCUGGACAUGAUGCCAGAGGGUAUCAAACAGAACAAGGCCAGAACCAUACUUCAGCAUCUGAGCGAGUCUUGGAGAUGCUGGAAAGCCAACAUCCCCUGGAAGGUCCCAGGUCUACCUACUCCAAUUGAAAACAUGAUCUUGAGAUAUGUGAAAGCCAAAGCUGACUGGUGGACCAACACAGCCCACUACAACCGUGAGCGAAUUCGCAGAGGAGCUACUGUCGACAAAACUGUGUGCAAGAAAAAUCUGGGUCGACUGACCCGCCUGUACCUCAAAGCAGAGCAGGAAAGACAGCACAACUAUCUGAAGGAUGGCCCCUACAUCACAGCAGAAGAAGCUGUGGCCAUCUACACCACCACUGUCCACUGGCUUGAAAGUAGGCGUUUUUCACCCAUCCCCUUCCCUCCACUGUCAUACAAACAUGACACAAAACUGCUUAUUCUGGCACUGGAAAGACUCAAGGAAGCUUACAGUGUGAAGUCUCGUCUGAACCAGAGUCAGAGAGAGGAACUUGGGUUAAUUGAGCAGGCGUAUGACAACCCACAUGAAGCACUGUCUAGGAUCAAACGUCACCUGCUUACUCAGAGAGCCUUCAAAGAGGUGGGCAUUGAGUUCAUGGAUCUGUACAGUCAUCUGGUGCCUGUCUAUGAUGUGGAGCCCCUAGAAAAGAUCACAGAUGCCUAUCUGGAUCAAUAUUUGUGGUAUGAGGCAGAUAAGAGACGACUGUUUCCGCCAUGGAUCAAACCUGCAGACACUGAGCCACCACCCUUGCUGGUAUACAAGUGGUGUCAAGGCAUCAACAACUUGCAGGAUGUAUGGGAGACUGCUGAGGGAGAAUGCAAUGUAAUGCUGGAGUCUCGCUAUGAAAAAAUGUAUGAGAAGAUUGAUCUGACGUUGCUCAACAGACUGUUGCGUCUCAUUGUUGACCAUAACAUUGCUGAUUACAUGACUGCAAAGAACAACGUGGUUAUCAACUACAAGGACAUGAACCAUACCAAUUCAUAUGGUAUUAUCAGAGGACUGCAGUUUGCCUCAUUCAUUGUCCAAUAUUAUGGAUUAGUAAUGGAUCUGCUUGUCCUGGGCUUGCAUCGUGCCAGUGAGAUGGCUGGACCUCCUCAAAUGCCAAAUGACUUUUUAAGUUUCCAAAACAUACCCACUGAAAGCGCCCACCCAAUCAGACUCUACUGUCGUUACAUUGACCGCAUCCACAUCUUCUUCAGGUUUACAGCUGAUGAGGCCAGAGAUCUUAUUCAGAGAUACCUAACGGAGCACCCAGACCCAAAUAAUGAGAACAUUGUUGGUUACAACAACAAAAAAUGUUGGCCACGAGAUGCUCGGAUGCGACUCAUGAAGCACGAUGUCAACCUUGGACGAGCAGUCUUCUGGGAUAUCAAGAAUCGUCUCCCCAGGUCAGUGACUACUGUUCAGUGGGAGAACAGCUUUGUGUCAGUCUACAGCAAGGACAACCCUAAUCUGCUCUUCAACAUGUGUGGCUUUGAGUGUCGCAUCCUACCCAAGUGUCGGACCAGCUACGAGGAAUUUACUCACAAGGACGGUGUCUGGAACCUGCAGAAUGAGUGCGGUUUUGGGCAGGGUGAAGGUCAGCAGCUGCCAGGGGUAGACGAACAAUUAUGGGCAACAAAAGUCCAGCUCCACACUGAGUUUUUCCAGCAGAUAGGCAGAGUUCCCUGGGAGUCCAUUCAGAACAUGGCCAGUCUGCACACGCUCAACCUGGACCAUAACCUGAUCGACCACAUCGCGGAGGGGGUCUUCGGGGAGCUGUAUAAGCUAGCAAGACUCGAUAUGACCUCCAACAGGCUGCGCACCCUCCCGCCUGAUCCCCUCUUUGCCAGAGAGUUUUUUUUUUUUUACAUUUCUGUGUAUCUUCUUUAUCCUUUCAGGGAGAAGGCCAGUGGUUUUGAGGAGUCAAUGAAAUGGAAGAAGCUAACUAAUGCUCAGAGGUCUGGUCUCAAUCAAAUCCCCAAUCGUCGUUUCACACUUUGGUGGUCUCCCACCAUUAACAGAGCCAAUGUGUAUGUCGGUUUUCAAGUGCAGCUUGACCUGACAGGAAUCUUCAUGCAUGGCAAGAUCCCAACACUGAAGAUCUCCCUCAUUCAGAUUUUCAGAGCUCACUUGUGGCAGAAAAUCCAUGAAAGCAUUGUUAUGGAUCUUUGUCAGGUGUUUGACCAAGAGCUUGAUGCUCUUGAGAUUGAGACUGUGCAAAAGGAGACCAUCCAUCCCAGAAAGUCAUACAAAAUGAAUUCAUCUUGCGCAGACAUCCUCCUCUUUGCAUCUUACAAGUGGAAUGUCUCAAGACCAUCCUUGCUGGCAGACUCAAAAGACGUCAUGGACAGCACCACUACACAAAAGUACUGGAUUGACAUUCAGUUGCGUUGGGGUGACUAUGACUCUCAUGACAUUGAGCGCUAUGCCAGGGCCAAAUUUCUGGACUACACAACAGAUAACAUGAGUAUCUACCCGUCCCCCACUGGUGUGCUCAUAGCCAUUGACCUCGCUUACAAUCUUCACAGUGCCUAUGGAAACUGGUUCCCUGGAAGCAAGCCUCUGAUCCAGCAAGCCAUGGCCAAAAUCAUGAAGGCCAACCCUGCUCUCUAUGUGUUGAGAGAGCGAAUCCGCAAAGGUCUGCAGCUGUACUCUUCUGAGCCCACUGAGCCUUACCUGUCAUCCCAGAACUAUGGUGAACUUUUCUCCAACCAGAUCAUCUGGUUUGUAGAUGACACAAAUGUGUAUCGUGUCACCAUCCACAAGACCUUCGAAGGUAACUUGACCACGAAGCCCAUCAAUGGAGCCAUUUUCAUUUUCAACCCCAGAACUGGCCAACUCUUCCUUAAGAUCAUUCACACCUCUGUGUGGGCUGGUCAGAAACGUUUAGGCCAGCUUGCCAAGUGGAAGACCGCUGAAGAAGUAGCUGCCCUGAUUCGUUCUCUUCCUGUUGAGGAGCAACCCAAACAGAUCAUUGUCACACGGAAAGGAAUGCUUGACCCUCUUGAGGUGCACUUGUUGGACUUCCCCAACAUUGUAAUCAAAGGUUCUGAGCUGCAACUUCCCUUUCAAGCUUGUCUGAAGGUAGAGAAGUUUGGAGACCUGAUCCUUAAGGCCACAGAACCCCAGAUGGUGCUGUUUAACCUCUACGAUGACUGGCUGAAGACCAUCUCAUCAUAUACAGCAUUCUCCAGACUGAUCCUGAUCCUCAGAGCACUUCAUGUCAACAAUGACCGUGCUAAGGUCAUUCUCAAACCGGACAAAACCACAAUCACAGAGCCCCAUCACAUCUGGCCUACUCUGUCUGAUGAGGAGUGGAUUAAAGUGGAGGUUCAACUCAAGGAUCUUAUUUUAGCAGACUAUGGCAAAAAGAACAAUGUGAAUGUGGCAUCACUUACACAGUCGGAGAUCCGGGACAUUAUUCUGGGCAUGGAGAUUUCAGCUCCCUCACAACAGCGGCAGCAAAUUGCUGAGAUUGAGAAACAGACAAAGGAACAGUCACAGCUGACAGCUACACAAACCCGCACAGUUAACAAGCAUGGUGACGAGAUCAUCACAUCAACCACCUCCAACUAUGAAACCCAAACUUUCUCAUCCAAGACUGAGUGGAGAGUCAGGGCUAUAUCUGCUGCAAACCUCCACCUGCGCACAAACCACAUCUAUGUCUCCUCUGAUGACAUCAAAGAGACAGGCUACACCUACAUCCUGCCCAAAAAUGUCCUCAAAAAGUUCAUCUGCAUUUCAGAUCUUCGAGCACAAAUUGCAGGAUACUUGUAUGGCACAAGUCCACCAGACAACCCUCAAGUUAAAGAGAUCCGCUGUAUUGUGAUGGUGCCACAGUGGGGAACACAUCAGACCGUUCAUCUGCCCAACCAGCUGCCUGGCCAUGAAUACUUAAAGGAAAUGGAGCCCUUAGGUUGGAUCCACACACAGCCAAACGAGUCUCCUCAGCUGUCCCCGCAGGAUGUCACCACUCACGCGAAGAUCAUGGCAGACAACCCCUCGUGGGAUGGAGAGAAGACCAUCAUCAUCACCUGCAGCUUUACUCCAGGCUCUUGCACCCUGACGGCUUAUAAGCUGACACCAAGUGGCUAUGAAUGGGGUCGUCAGAACACUGACAAGGGUAACAACCCUAAGGGCUACCUACCGUCGCACUAUGAGAGAGUGCAGAUGCUGCUGUCUGAUCGCUUCCUGGGCUUUUUCAUGGUUCCCGGCCAGGUGUCCUGGAACUAUAACUUCAUGGGUGUACGCCAUGACCCCAACAUGAAAUAUGAUCUGCAACUGGCCAACCCCAAAGAGUUUUACCAUGAAGUCCACAGACCCUCGCACUUCUUAAACUUCGCCUCACUGCAGGAGGGCGAGAUCUACAAUGCAGACCGUGAAGACAUGUAUGCUUAAAAGUUGGCAGUCAGCAUGAGAUUCACCAAUGUAUAUAACUUUCUUAAUCAUGAGUCAGCAGUUAAAUAACAGUUUAACUGUGAUUUUUGUUUUUAAAAGUGAAGGGUUGAAAGACCUUUUAGAAAUGUUUAUGAUUAAAUGUUCAUUCCUGUUUUUGUAAAAGUAUUGCAUAAAUAUGCAGAAUUUGUGGAGUUUGGCAUGUUUGACAAGGUAUAUUCUGUGUAGCUUUCUGUACGCAAGUAAUGGUUCAGUUCAUAUUUUCAAAAUGUGCAAGGCUGCUCCAUUCAGAAGAUUAAAAUGUUCAGUUAUUUUGGUGUACUAGUCAUCUGGCAUUGUAACCUGGAUUUAAAUAAAGAUCUACUUUGUCUA